CGGGGCCGAAGUCCGUCGGGGCUGCGGCGGCGCUCCGGGGAUGCAGCUCCGCUCCGGGCCGGGCGCUCUCGCCCCCCCUCUGCUCGCCCUCCCCGUUGCUCUCGGCCUGAGCGGCGCUGCGGCGUUGGCGGACAACACACUGCUGCUGGUGGCCGUGCUGCUCCUUGCUGUGCUGCUCGCCUUCGUCUACUUUGCCAGUGCUGGGAGCUACUUCCAGGACCCCCUGUUCUGCGUGUUCGUGGUGUUCUCCUUUGUCUCUGCCAUCGAUCUGAUCAUCUCACUGGAGGAGGAUGGCUUCAUUUCGGGUUUUGCAGAGGUCUACGUGAGAGAGGGUGAGCCGUACCUGCGCACAGCACACGGCAUCAUGAUCUGUUACUGGGAUGGCAUCGUGCACUAUGGGCUGUACCUCGCCAUGAUCACAGCCAUGAGCCAGCGGAAGAGCUAUAGGAGCCUGGGUCUCUUCUGGCUGGGCUCUCUGGUGAUGAGCAUCCUCGUCUUCCUGCUUGGGAAUCUGAUAGGCAAAUACAGCUCCGACAUCAACGCUGCCUUCCUGCUCAAUCUGCCCUACAUCCUCAUCCCCAUCUGGGCGGGCAGGCGGCUCUUCCAGCAGCCCAGGGCUGUGCCGUGCCUCACAGCGGAGCAGACUGAACGGGAGCAGCGCAGGUGGCUGCACCAACGGCCCCACGACCUGGUGCUGGUGCUGGUCCUGCUUCUGAUGGCUUCCUUCACCUUCUUCAGGGGGAUGGUGGUGCUGGAUUGCCCUGCUGACUCCUGCUUUGAGUACAUCUACCAGCACGAGCCCUACCUGCGUGACCCCAUCGCCUACCCCAAAGUGCAGAUGCUGAUCUACCUGUUCUACGUCCUCCCCUUCCUCUGCCUCUGCAUCUACGCUCUGCUGCGCCCGGGCUGCUCCUGGCUGCCCGACUGGAGCCUGGUGUUCGCUGGGGCCAUUGCACAGGCGCAGUUCUCCCAUCUGGGCUCCUCACUGCACUCCCGCACGCCCUUCCCAUACCAGACCCCCGAAGACGUCUGGUGGAGUUUCCUCAUCACAAACGUCCUUUAUGCGUUGGGGCCGCAGCUCCUCGCCCUCCGCUGCCUGCACAGCCCCGCGUUCUUCCUGCCCAUCACCUCCAGCAGCCUGCAGGGGGGCAAGAAACACCAGUGAGCUGCCAGCCCCUCCAUGGGAUGCUGCUGUGGAGGGGUCCCGUGCGAUGCCCCUGUCCCUCUGGUGCCUCCCCGUGGUCCUGGAUGCGCUGGGGGGACUCGGCGGGCUCUGUGUGCGGCUGGGUGGCC